AUGCCAUCCAAGACCUCGCAGAAGAAAGCGGUGCUCGGCCUGUCAUUUUUGGCGGCCUUGGCGCAAGCCACACCUACAGUGAGCCUCAACUUUGACUACAGAAACGACAAGGUUCGCGGUGUCAACCUUGGUGGCUGGCUGGUGCUGGAGCCAUGGAUCACUCCAUCUAUCUUCGAUGCAGCUGGUGAUGCCGCCGUUGAUGAGUGGUCUCUCUGUGAGACUGUUGGCGCAGACCAGUGCCGGUCUCUUCUGGCGCAGCACUGGAGCAGCUUCAUCACUGCUGAUGACUUCAACCAGAUUGCCUCAACUGGCAUGAACCACGUCAGAAUCCCCGUUGGUUACUGGGCUCUGAAGCAUCUCGACGGAGAUCAGUACGUCGAUGGUCAACUGGAGUACCUCGACCAAGCUGUCGGCUGGGCCCGCGCUGCUGGCCUUAAGGUCAUUGUCGACCUGCACGGUGCGCCCGGCUCCCAGAACGGGUUCGACAACAGCGGCAAGCGAGGUGCAAUCCAAUGGCAACAGGGUAACACUGUUAACGACACCAAGGAUGCCCUUGAAGCUCUGGCCGCCCGCUAUGGCAACGAUGGAGAUGUCGUCACCGCUAUCGAGGCGUUGAACGAGCCCAACGUCCCUGGAGGCGUCAACCAAGAUGGUCUCAAGCAGUACUACUACGACUCGUGGGGUGCUGCCCGCAAGACCAGCCAGGACACCACUGUUGUCCUCCACGACGGCUUCAUGCCCACCGAGUCAUGGAACGGCUUCAUGAGCGAGUCCACUGGUGUGUGGUAUGUGAUGAUGGACACGCACCACUACGAGGUGUUUGACAGCGGUCUUCUCUCCAUGGACAUCAAUGCCCACGUCGAGAAUGUCUGCGGCUUCUCCAAGGACCACGUCCAGACCUCCGACAAGUGGACUAUCGUCGGUGAAUGGACCGGUGCCAUGACUGAUUGUGCCAAGUACCUCAACGGAAAGGGCGUUGGCGCCCGAUAUGACGGUACCUACCCCGGAAGCAAGGCUGUUGGCAGCUGUGAUGGCAAGUCUGUUGGAUCCAUUGAGACACUGUCUGAUGAUGACCGGAACAACAUCCGUCGCUUCAUUGAGGGUCAACUCGAUGCCUAUGAGCACGGUACCGGCUGGCUCUACUGGACCUGGAAGACCGAGGGUGCCCCCGAGUGGGACAUGCAGAAGCAGAUCGGUGCCGGUGUCUUCCCCAACCCCGUCACCAGCCGUGCCUUCCCCGGCCAGUGCUAA